AAACAUGACUGCAACCGAAGAACCACGAAAACGAUUCAACUACAUCUAUAGUUGUAAUAUGGGUUCUAAUUUUCGAAUAAAAAUUGGGACUCUUGAAGGCAAGCCUGAAAAGCCAAACUACAGGGCAUUAAUAAAUGAUCCUAUUUUAAAAUACUCAGGACUUUCGGAAGAUAAAUGUUCAGACCUUUAUGUAACCUGUCAAGUAUAUGCAGAUAACAAACCAUUAGCUUUCCCUACACAAACUUCAUAUAAGCCCUUCACUACAAGGUGGAAUUGGAAUGAAUGGUUAGUUUUACCCGUCAAAUUCUGCGAGCUUCCAAGAAACGCUUUGUUGGCAUUUACUGUAUGGGACAUAUAUGGACCAAAUCAAAGUGUACCUGUUGGUGGUGCUACAGUGUCUGUGUUCGGAAAGUAUGGGGCUCUUCGACAAGGUAUGCAUGAUUUACGUCUCUGGAAUAAUGUUGAAGCUGAUGGAAACUUGAACACAAAAACUCCUGGAAAGACUGAUUGUGCCAAAGAACAGAUGAAUAAAUUAUCUAAGCUAACAAAGAAGCAUCGAAAUGGACACAUGAUAAAAGUGGAUUGGCUAGACCGAUUGACUUUUCGAGAAAUUGAACUUAUUAAUGAAAUGGAAAAACGCUCUUCAAAUUUUAUGUUCUUAAUGAUUGAAUUUCCUACAAUAACAGCUAAUGGUGCAGAAUAUACAGUUGUAUAUUUUGAAGAAGAUGGAGAUGAUCCUUGUCAGGGCAACAAACAAGUCGAGAUUGUGAUGGUUCCAGAUCCUGAAAUUUCUACUCAUAAUUUAGUGGAAGCCAAACAUCACAAAUUAGCCAGAAGUAUUCGAAGUGGGCCUAGUGAUAAAGACUUGAAGCCAAAUGCUGCCACGAGAGAUCAGUUAAAUGCAAUUUUGCAUUAUCCACCAACAAAGUCUCUAUCAUCUGAAGAGCAAGAUCUCAUAUGGAAGUUCCGUUUUUAUUUAACCAGUCAGAAAAAGGCUCUAACAAAGUUUUUGAAAUGUGUGAACUGGAAGAUUCAGAGUGAAGAAAAGCAAGCUUUGGAUUUGCUGGCUCGUUGGCAAGCGAUGGACGUUGAGGAUGCCUUGGAGCUACUGUCUCCUCAAUACACUCAUCCUCUUGUCAGAAAAUAUGCAGUUACUAGGCUUAAUCAGGCCCCAGAUGAGGACUUAUUGAUGUAUUUAUUACAAUUAGUUCAAGCACUAAAAUAUGAAAAUUUUGCUGAAAUUAGAAAAGGAUUGUCACUUUACCAUCCAGAGUCUGAAGAUGAAAUUGAGAGAGAUAGGGCACUUUCGAGUAGCAGUUCCGAAAAAGGCGAUACUUAUGCAGAUCAUCUGAAAGGCAUAUCCUCUGUAAGCUCCGAGCCAAAUUCUUUAGAGGAGCAAUUUUCAUCUUUAGGCGUAAUUAGUUGUGAUCUUGCAACAUUUUUGAUAAAUCGAGCUUGUGCUAACGAAACGUUAGCUAACUACUUCUAUUGGUACCUUUUGAUUGAAGUUGAAGAACCUGAAAAUGCUGCCAAAGAUGCACGUGCCAAAGAAAUGUAUGAAAUUGUUAUGAAGAGGUUUAAUCUUGUCUUGCAAAAUGGAAGUGCUGAGUACAGGAAACGAAGACAUUUAUUGGUGAGAGGUCGAGAAUUUGUGGAAAAAUUGCUGAAUCUUUUGAAGACUGUUGCAAGAGAAAGUGGUGGACGCCGUAAAAAGAUUGAGAAAUUACAAGCAUAUCUGUAUGACAAAGACAUUCACAAAAUAAACUUCUUGCAAUUUGAACCUCUUCCUUUGCCUCUUGAUCCUUGUGUCAAAGUUAAAGGUAUCAUUCCAGAAAAAACUACUUUGUUCAAAAGUGCUCUUAUGCCUGCUCGCCUUACAUUUUUGACGGUUGAUGACAAGGAGUAUGUAACCAUUUUCAAGCUUGGGGAUGAUUUGAGACAAGAUCAGUUAAUAUUGCAGACUAUAUCAUUGAUGGAUAAGUUGCUAAGAAAAGAAAACCUUGAUUUGAGGCUUACACCAUACAGUGUCUUAGCAUGCAGUAGCAAACAUGGUUUUGUACGAUACAUCGAGUCUAUGUCCAUCAAUUCAAUCUUGGAUGAGCAUAAAGACAUCCAAAGCUUUCUUCGUGAGCAUGCCCCAUCAGAAAAUGGACCUUAUUGGAUUUCUCAUGAAGUCAUGGACACAUAUGUUAAAUCAUGUGCUGGAUAUUGUAUUAUAACUUAUCUCCUUGGAGUUGGAGACCGGCAUUUAGACAAUCUUCUGAUGACUAAAAAUGGUAAGCUCUUCCAUAUUGAUUUUGGAUAUAUUCUUGGCAGAGAUCCAAAACCUCUGCCGCCUCCUAUGAAACUGAGUAAAGAAAUGGUUGAAGCCAUGGGUGGCAUUCAUUCUGAACAUUAUCAGGAAUUCCGAAAGCAGUGUUACACUGCUUUUCUACAUUUGCGCAGGCACGCAAAUCUGAUUUUGAACUUGUUUUCACUCAUGGUUGAUGCUAGUGUUCCAGAUAUUGCAUUGGAACCCGAUAAAACAGUAAAGAAGGUACAGGAUAAAUUUCGUUUGGAUUUACCAGAUGAAGAAGCUGUUCACUUUAUACAAAAUAUCAUUGAUGAAAGUGUUACUGCUGUCAUGCCUGUAGUAGUUGAACAAAUUCACAGGAUAGCUCAAUAUUGGAGAAGGUGAAAGAAGAUAAAGAAGAGCCUUUUUAUGGUAUUUUGCAUAUCAUUCAUGAUAAAAUGAAGAAUGUCAGUUUACUUCUCAAAAUCAAGUUAAAUUUAUUUUUUUGCAUUGUUCUUCUUAUUGGAACUCCUAUAGUCAUAUUCAUGAGUGCACUCAUAAAGUAUCAAAGUAGAGAUACAUCCUCCAUUUUGGUUUAAAAGUUUCAAACAUUACGAUGAGAUUUGGUUUAUAUCAUAAUUUCAUCAUGAUGAUACAGUCAAAUCCCUAGAACUUGAUCCAAUGCAAACCAAAAGGCGGCCAAGUUUGAAAUUGCUCAGUUAUUGAAAAUCUGCACACAAUAGGGUUUUUCCAUCCUGCCAGGGUGUGUGGCCGAGUUUUUGACUCUGUGGCUGAAUAAAGAGAAAAUUUUCAACCAAUAAAAGUACAGUGUAUUUUAGCAAAAUUUACAGGAAAAAAAUAGUGAUGUAGGGUAAUGACACGAGUAACAGACAGUCAUAAGUUUUGAUUAAAAUAAGAAUUUUAAGCGGGUAAAAUGGAUGUUGCUGCGGGGCUCAUAAAUAUGGUGCAACCAUCUAAUGUUAUCAAAGUGAAUUUUACGAGCCAGUUGGUGUUAACAAGGAAGUGGUGGAAGGUUAUGAGCUUACACCAUGAGGUUAGCUGGUGCUUCAUGUUCAUUUUAAUUAAAUAAAGGCUUUAGUUCUAAAACUAAAGAACUUAUGCACAUUUUGAAGAGAAAAGAGAAUUUUGUCCAUUACUCAUCCUAUCUGUUUCUGGGUAUCAUCAGAUUUUUUGGUGUCUGUUACUGGGGGUUGGACCUUUUUUCGAAAUUGAGCAAACAAAAAUAGAAUUAACUAAUUCAGUGGAUCCAGAAGCAGCCAAACGUUAGAUGAGAUGUAGUUGCAUAAGAGAAAAAUAGUUUAAAAAUUCUAAAUACAUUAAAAGGCUUAGGAAAUUGAGUUAAUCUGAGAGCGAUGUCUUAAGCAUCUCUGUUACUGGUGCUGUUACUGUAUUUAUUAUGAAGUGUUUAAAUUGUUUGUUGUUAAAUUUUUACAUUUGAAUUUAUUUUAAACAUUGAAUGUUUCUGACAAAUGGGAAAAAAAUGUUAUUAAGAAUUACAGUCAGAUUUUAAAAUAUUCUUUUUUAAUUUGUUUAAAAAAUUCUUAUUUCUUUUGUUUAAAUAAGUGCACGCUCUCAAUGUACCUUAGCUUAUAACAUAAGCAAUGUCAAAAAGCUGCGCAGUGGUAACCCUGCAGUAUUUUCUUUGAGGGUACUAUUCAACCCAAGAGUUAGAACUGUGCAAUCAAAAGAUACAAAAGAACAGACUUUAAGAGGAUUGUUCUACAAAUGUGACCUACCGUCCUAAAAUUUCAAAAUUAGAUCCUGCAUUUCUACUUGGAAUUUGUCUUUCCCCUCAAAAAUAAUAACAUCCAUAAUUAAAUCAAAAGUGCAACUUUAUCCUCUGUUCAUCCUUAGUUUUCUGCAAAAUACAAAUUUGAUUCUCUAAAUUUGUGGGUCUUUGAAGGUCACUAACUGUCGAUAAACGAAGAGUAAAUUGGAUUAGUUCAUAAACAAAGUGAGCAUAUGCAAAUCUUUCAAAAGCCACAAAGAAAGGUAAUUAAAAACCGUCUGCUCAACCCGUGAACCAGGUUUUUGUGCUGAGGGGAAAAUUAUUCAUGUUCUAAAUGACGUGACGUCAUGUUCUAAAUGACGUGAUUAUAUACUCUAAAAACUGGAAAUAUCUCAACUUUUCACCAAUGCUACUAUAUUUUCUUUUCAUUUAUAUAAUUUUCAAAUGUAAGUAAUGUAAAAUAAAUAAAUUAAUUUGUAACUAUAUGUGAAAAUUGUAAAUACAAAAAAUGUGAUGUAAUUUUGUUGAAAUA